UAUGAAAGCGCUUCAUAACGCUAACCAGAGAGCUAUUUCUCUCGCCUCGGACAUUUGCUUUUCUGUUCCCUGCAUGGGAGCUCAGGGCAAAUUACCUUGUAUGAUCUCCAGCGUGCAUUCUUCUACGCUACUGUUUCAUCUUCAUGUGGCCAAAGAGAUGGUUUCGGGGCCGGCUGAAUCGAGGCUAUCAAUCCUCGAACGACUACAAUAUCUAAGGGAAAAGCAACCGUCUUCGCAGCAUAAGUCAUGGUAUGGCUUGCAGGUAGCUCCUCAAGGGGGACCAGAUUUGUGGGAGGGAUGGCAGCUUUGUACCUUACGCCACCAAACCCGACCAAAACUCCUUCAAUGUGAAUGCGUUCAUGCUCGGGGACCUCGCAAGCCGGGGGAAGAUGCGGAGAGGCUGUUUUCAGGAGUCUCACUUGUUCACCGCUCGUGCAGACACAGGAGGGGUCACUAUAUACUUCCUUCGUGGCUUCAGGAGCCAAUAUUUGGCGCAAUCGUUUGAUCUUGACUUACGCACGUCGGAGAUGUACCGCAAUCCAUAAGCUGUUAUCAGCCGGCAAACAGUCCGUGCGGUCCAAACACCUAAUCUGAGCGCAGCCACUACCAAUGGGCCGUGUGUUAUGCAACUUUCAGUCACUUGAUGGCAGUUCGUCGCCUAUAUAGCUGAGGCGUGUCUUCCAGACGCUCUUAAACCAAACGGUACUACAAUCGAGAUCAAGAUUCAGAGAUAUACUAUAUUGUCCCAGCAACCACAAACAUGGCAGUUCAGCUUGAUGUGAACCCGGGAUUGCGAGGUAUGCCCACGGGCCUUCCGCGCCUCGUCCCCGUCGACCGCAGCCUUUUCCCCG